AUGGCAAAAGAAGCUAUAAAUAAAAAUAAUGUCAAAGAAGAUAAAUCAAAUAAUGAAGUUAAGUAUAAUGGCACUUCGGUUGAAGUUGUAACAUCAGAUGGUCAAAUACCAUUAAAUAUUAUGGUUCAAGAAGGUGUAAAAGCUCUAUCGAAAAUUUUAACAGAUCAUCUCCAAAAUGAUACAAAUAUAUCUGAAAAAACGAUGAAAUUAUUAUACUCGGGAGUGAAUCCUGUUGAAGAAGUAAACAAUAAACUGAAAAAUACUAAAAAAGUUUCCAAGAUUGUGCAUCAUAAUAACUCCGCGGCAUCAUUUAAUGGGCAAGAUAUCGAAUUCGAGAUAAAUGCAAAUUCGCAUGACGACCCAGAAUUGCAUUUGGAUUCAGAUGAAGCAGAAAUUGUUUUUGAUUAUGGAUCUCAACUCAUGGCCAACUCACCAAAUGAAAUAAGUGAAAGAAUAUCACAAAUGUUGGAAAGUGUUCUGCCGAAUGGUUUUCAAGAAGGUUCACAUCGAAGGUUACAUGCAGUUAUAAAUGGUGACGAACUAAAUAUUACGGAAGAAAGUGAAAAUCAAGAUCAUACUAGCAAUGAAGACUCGUCUGCUAGAGAUCCUUUAGAUGAGAAGUUAAGAGAAUUAGAGAUAGAAAAUAGUCGAAACUUCGAAAUGUUGAGUCAACGAUUGGCGGAAGGUAUUGAUGAUAUUCACCUGCACGAGCAUAAUAACUCCCAUCUACGAGAACAUCUCCGCCCUCACGGGCAUGAACUAUCAUUUAAUCAUAGUGACGGGAGUAAUGCCGAUAGACUUAAACCCCAACUGGAGUUCUUAGGAGAAGGAAUAGAUGCCCCUCAUAACUAUUUGCAUAACCAUCAACUUUCGAAAUACAAGAACUCAAACUGUCAUAAUUACGAAUAUUCUAAUUGUUAUCCACCAAGCGCUACCAAUUCAAAAAGUAGGAAACCUAACUUUUCAGUUCUUAUGGAUGACACCCAAGCACCAAUGUGUAUGUUCUGUGAAUAUUACAUGGUUUUUGGUGAGCCUCCUAAAAAUAUGAUUAAAUGGUAUAAUUUAAACUACGGACAGCACCACCAUCAUGAGAGGGAGAUGCAUAAUAAUAAUAACAAUAAUAACAAUAAUAAUAAUAGGCAAAAAAGAAAUCGCUAG